AUCACUCCGCCGGAAAAAUAAACUCCCUAUUUACUCCCUAUGCAGAGUAAUUUUUUUCUGAAACUUCGGAUCUCCGAGUGUCGGAGUGAAUUUGGAUUUAAAUGAAGUCCAUAAUCACUUCGAAUUCACUCCCGAUUUUUACAGUGUAUAUAUGUAUACAUCUAUAGAUUCAGUAUAAUUUUUCCAUAUAUAUGAAUAUCUCAUAAACUUCCUGGGAAAAAAAUGAAAUAAAUGAAAAGGAGAAAAAAAAACAAAGUAGAUUAACGUCUUUGAGAUUGAGCAGAAAGUAUAGGGUGUUCAUCAGGGGUCCAGGUUGAAUUUAGCUUGAUGAUUCAUCCAAGUCAACGAGCCGCCACAACGGCCAACCUUCUCUCCGCCCAAUGUCAAAAACAAAACGCCUUCGGAUCGCGAAAUGCCUCUCAAUCGAAUUUAUGCAUACACACACACACACUCACAUACAUAUAUUAAAUAUAUAUAUAACGUAUAGAGCACGUAAAGUUAACAGCAGAGCUAGUGUACAUAUAAUGCUGUGUAUGCUUCUGGUCUACAUUGCACGAAUGGUGGGGUUUGAAUCAGAGUGCGCGGAAGUUGCUGUUACUUAUAAAAAACGGUUGUUUGAAUCGUUAAAUGAAAUUCAGUCUAGUGAUAAAAUUUUACGGUUCAAUAAUUGUAUCAGAGUACUUGAAAUUGGAGUUAAAAUCGGGCAAAAUAUUCAAUUCUAUCCAAAUGGUACUCAUUUAAUAGGCGUUGAUUGGAAUUAUAAAUUAAAAGAAUAUUUGACAGAAAGUGAUCAAGCAUGGCAGUUUUCUCAUAUUAUUAUUGAAAAAAUAAUAAUUGGCGAUGGCAGUUAUUUAAAAGAUAUUCCAGAUAAUUAUGUGGAUGCUGUUGUUACAACAAGAUCACUUUGUUCUGUAGCAUCAGUUCCUGAUGUUCUUUGUGAAAUACAUCGAGUUCUUGCACCGGGUGGAAUUUAUUUAUUUUUCGAACAUAUACCCGAUGAAAAGGAUGCAUUGACACGUUGGCUACAGGGUUUUUUAACAAAAACGAAAAUUUGGCCAUCACUUUUCGGCGACUGUCGAUUGGAUUCAAACCCACUUGAAUGUAUUCAAUCAGCCAAUUUCAAGAGUGUCGUAUGGGAAAUAAUUAAAUUACGCGGAUAUGUCUCUCAUCCAUAUCGUUUAAAUUUGACGUGUUAUCAUAUUAUGGGCACAGCAAAAAAAUAAUUUAAUCAAUUAAUAAUAAUAAUAGCAAAACAAUUAGCAAUUUUAAAUGCACGUAAUUUUUCAUAUAUAAAUUGAUAUUUAUACAAGUAUGUAUUUUUAAAAACCAAUAUGUUAUUUUUGUUGAAAGUCAAUAAGAGAUUUUUAAAUUAUCGACUGUUUAAUUGAACUGAAUUUUUAUUUUCUUCAUUUCAAUACACUGUAAAAAAUUUUUCGUGCACGCAUAGAAUUUUUGAGUAAAAAUUACCCAUAAAGUUUGGUAUUGUAAUGACAUCCAGCAAGUAACUAAAAUUUUACUAUGUUAUUAGCAGAAAUCGCACUUCAUUUGCCUGCUAUCAAGUAGAAUAUUUUGCAAUGGGCAUGGGAAAAAUUUCUAUAUUUACCACAUGUCUUCUCAGUAUCAAACUUUUUGGGUAAUUUUUACUAAAAAUUUCUCUACGUGUGUGAAAAUGGUCCCCAAGGACUUUACGCGGUUUGCUCGGUGUUUAAUUUUUUUGGUGUGAAAUAUCAAGCAGUGAACUUUUUAAGACGAUAUGAGUGUUUUAUUUCACACCGUUCGGUGUUAUUAUGUCAAAAAUUGUCCGAUAAUAAAAUUUGUAGUUAUAAAUUAUCAAAUAAUAUAUAGGCUGUAGCACUACACUGUAAAAAAUCUGUGGUGAAUCCGGAUUUAAUCUGCAUUCACUCCGCCACUCGGAGGAAUUGAAAGUUUUUUUUUAGCGGAGUGAUUUCGGAGUGACGCGGAUUUUAUUUCACUCCGGUCCGGAAUUUUAACAUUUAAAUGAAUUUAUAUUAAUUUAUAUUAAACUCUUAAACAGUGUGUGUGUGUGUGUGUGUGUGUGUGUGUGUGUGCGUAUCAUAGUUGAUCAGUAAUGUAAUACACGAGUUUUUACUUCGAUUUUAUUUAGUGGAGUUAUUUUUUAUUAAUAAUAUUUUCAA